AUGUCGUUUGGCUCUCAGUCUACCACUGCAGCCGAUAAUUACAUAAAAGAGAGAUAUCUUAGGAAGGAACGUUUUAUUUCGUCCCACACUAUCGGGGGCUCAUACCACACUGUCGCCACACCACCUCAAUGGGAAACAGCGUCCAGCGCACAGCGACACCAAUUCAACACUGAGGUAUUACGAUAUUCAAGAAAAAUUCAAAUAAAAUAUCCAGACAGUCAACAUUAUUUAUGGUUUUUUAAUGAUGGAAGGGAGUGA